UCCAGGAAAUAGUAACAUCCAGUGGAUGCACUGACUCAGAGGCGUGGAUUCCCAGCACUGUUGUCUUCUUCAGGAUAAAUAGGCGCUUUGCCUUUAACUCUGCUGAACCCCACUGUGCACAGAAAUGUAGUGUUAGCCGUCUGCUGCACAGAAAAAGAUGUGCCGUCUGGCUGCUUCUAAUUAUAGCCAAUCUUAUUUUUACCACACCGACGCCUUAUUGCAUUAUGGAUGCCACUGGAAUGGUGUCCCUUCAAGAUAGCGUGGGAAUCUUCCAGUAGAGGCUCCAUGCUCCAGCAUCGUCUCGCCUAGAGCCCCGCAAAAAAGAGCGUCUGGUCCGUGUGGAGGCUGCAGAGAGAGUCUAGGCUCCUGUGCGGAGGGGAUGCGCUUGUUCCUCCGCUGCAUGCCGGAUCUGAGCGCGCAGGAUGCGGGAGUAUAAGGUGGUGGUGCUCGGCAGCGGCGGGGUGGGGAAGUCCGCCCUCACCGUGCAGUUCGUCACCGGGACGUUCAUAGAGAAGUACGACCCGACCAUCGAAGAUUUCUACAGGAAGGAGAUCGAGGUGGACUCGUCCCCGUCGGUGCUGGAGAUCCUGGACACCGCCGGCACCGAGCAGUUCGCCUCCAUGAGGGACCUCUACAUCCGGAACGGCCAGGGCUUCAUCCUGGUCUACAGCCUGGUCAACCAGCAAAGUUUUCAGGACAUCAAGCCCAUGAGGGACCAGAUCAUCCGGGUCAAGAGGUACCAGCAGGUGCCGGUGGUGCUGGUGGGGAACAAGGUGGACCUGGAGGAGGAGAGGGAGGUUUCCCCCAGCGAGGGCCAGGCGCUGGCCGAGGACUGGGGCUGCCCCUUCAUGGAGACGUCGGCCAAGAGCAAGACCAUGGUGGACGAGCUUUUCGCCGAGAUCGUGAGGCAGAUGGACUUCUGCCCUCUGCCGGACCGGAGAGAGGCCUGCUGCCCCGCCUGUAGCAUACAGUAGCAGCUGAUCGGCCGGCUGAUGGACGGAAGGGGAGCAGAAAUUACAGUGCAAAUGUAUUCGUGUUUGAAGACGGAGGGGUUUGAAGGAAAAAUCCACUCUUGCAGUCAGCAUUUCUACCUGAUUUCUGUAUCUAGCAGCUGAGGCCUGAUCUGGAGGCGUUAAUGGGGAAAUGUAGGACAACGAAGCAGGUUAAAGGGGAAUUAAAUAUCAGCACUUCUUCUCAGACACAGGGUGGAUUUUCCCUUGAAAGAACAACAAAACAAACCAACAACACUCGACCUCCCAUGUCCAUCACGGUCCCUGCCGAUUAUUCAGGAGUGAAUUUCCGGGGUUUCCCAAAGGCAGCACGGUGCCAAAAACCAUCCUAAAAGCCAUCAACAAAGAGGAUCAUAGUGCUAAAUGCUUUUGGGAAAGCAGCCAUAGGUCCAAGCAGGGAUGGCAGCGUGCUCAGCAGUUUUAUUAGUCCCAUUUUCUUCCGCUUGUGUGUUUCGUUUGGCACUUUUGGGACUUUUUUGACAGGCCUAUCACCGAGAACAGAUAAGUAACACCACUGUGAAAGGAGUCAUAACCGGAAGUUCAUUUUACAGCAGGCCCGCCUAACUACGAAUGAAUGAAUAAAAUGAACGAAUGUCUAAAAAGGAAAAUCGCACCUUUGGGGAAAUUCACGCCGAAGAUCCCAAAUGUUACUGUGGAUGAUGUGUGCAUGAAGUUGUGCUGUCACACUGACAUUGAGUACAAUCAAUCUCACCCAAAGAGACAGUGUCGAUAGAUCAACUGAUCAAUCAAUCAGUCAGUCAUUCAAAUGUACGGACACUUGUCUUUACACCUUACAGACGAUACAAAUGCCUUGUUACAUUGUAUGAAGUGAACAUCAGUGUCAGUGUGUAGUCCAUCUACCUUAAGUCACAUCAGAUAUGUUAGUGGUUCAAUGUCAGGAACACUUAUUUUCAACAAAAAAUAAAUCUUUAUGCACA